AUGAACACCCAAAAAGCUAAUGAUGAGAGACGUUACCAUGCUCUCGAGUUCGGUUGUGGUUGGGGAGCUGGUUGCAUUGAGACUUGCAUCGUUUAUCCGGCAACGAAAGUCUCUUUUCGGCAACAAGUUCACGGGUACAAUGUGCUGGGAGCGAUUCGAGAGAUCCGUGCCGAGGGCAUUUCUUUGUUGUAUCGAGGUCUUCUCCCUCCACUCCUCAUGCGAACCACAUCAAGAGCUGUCAUGUUUGGACUUUACGACAAUUUCUUGACACACUUUGGAGGCGCAAAAUACACUAGAGGCUCUUCUUUGUUUACCGUUGAACGAGCGAAAGCUGCAUUUUUAGCUGGCGCUUGUGAGGCUUCAUUAGCUCCUCUAGAAAGAAUUCAAGUUCUUCUACAAGCCGACAAAUAUCAUAAAGAGUUUAAAAAUUCUGGUGAUGCUGCUGUUAAAAUUUUCAAAUACUAUGGAAUCAGGGAAUAUUAUAGAGGGAUCUCAUUGGUGAUUGCAAGAAAUGGAUUAUCAAAUAUUCUUUAUUUCAAUCUACGAGAACCCUUUAAAAUGUUUAUUCUUGAUAAAAGCAAGAUUGAGAGUCACACAGCACUGCAG